CCCAUCAGCUUGUUCAACGGUUCCGUAAAUACAAGCCUCAUUACGCAGAUCAACGGUAGUACGUUCACCUUCAACAGCUUUCAAGAGGAUUGCCAAAGUAUUGUACAAUAAGUGACGCUCCUUUCUAUCGGAAAACUGUUAAUAAUAAAUAUGGAGCUAGAUAUCCAGGAAAAAAUUGGACAAUUUGAAAUAUUUAUAAAUGAUGUUCUAAAGGAAGAUUUGGCCCAGUUAGAAAAAAAGUUAGAUGAAAAAAAUUCAGAAAUUGCAGAAUUUUUGCAGUUGAAAAGUGUUAUCACUACUUUCAAAAAUAUUGGUGCAGAUAAAGAUGGUUACAAAACAAAAGUGGACAUGGGUAAUAAUAUCUUUGUUCAAGCUCACGUUGAAGAUGCGUCUCACAUACUCCUUGAUGUUGGCUUAGGACAUUUUGUUGAAUUUACAUUGGAUGAAGCAUUGAGUGUUAUAGAUGUAAGAAUAAAAUUGUUUGAAAAACAAGUUGAGAACUUACGAAAGGAAAUAGCAAAGACUAAUGCACAUAUUAAAUUGCUUUUAAUUGGUAUUAGAGACUUGCAAGGAAUGGAUAAAGAAUAAUAGGUAUUUAUUUUUAAAUUAAAGCCAAAUACUGAUAUAGAUUAAUACUUGUAAAUAUAAUGUCUCAUGUAAAGAAUAUUAUAGUAUACAGAUUUUUUUGCCCAUUAAAAUCAUUUGCUGAUUAUUCUCAUUAGCUAGAUGAGAUAUUAUUUUGAAAAAUUAGUAUUGUAGUAGAAAAUAAAUAAAUUGGUUAGAUUUUUUGAUUUCGUCUCUUUAACUGACUAAUAAAAUAUCAUAUCAUUUUUAAAGAAAUUCUUUUUUUUAAGAAUGAAGUUUAGAUCACUUGUAGCACCAUUACAGUUAUGUGAACUUUUUAUUGAUUAAUACAUAUAUUUUCAAUAUGAAACAAAUUUUAUAAAAGAAAAGACUAACUUCAAAAUGAAAAAUAUAAAA